GCUAGGAGAAAGCUGGCCAACGGAAGUGAUUGUUCAACAACAAAUUUUGUGUUUCCGGUUGAACUAAACUGCGCGGUGAAUUCGAGUGACCGUAAAGGCAAAGUUGACAGCUAACCGAUACCUGCUGUGUAUGAGGACUCAGGAAUAGAAGGCGGCGGCAUGGAGGGUGGAAAUCACAAUGAAGAGGUUCAUGUGGAGGUCCAUGUUAAAUCUCACAGCACAGCGAAACGGUCCGAUGUGCAGAUGCAUGUUCUGGCUCUGCUGAACCGUCAUAGCACGCUGUUUGGGAACCACAGAUGGACAGAUUUUGAUGAAGACUUCCUCAGGAAACACGUAGAGUCUGUGGCCAUAGUUGAUGUAGAGGAAAUGCCCAUUGAUCUGAAGAGCUGCUCUGUUUCCAUUCACAUCUUCACUCUGAGUGACGACUGCCCCAGCAUGCUCAGUUUGGAGGAAGAUGAGGAGCUUUCAGCAGCCAAUCACUGGUUGCUACCAGCAACUGAAUUCCAUGGGAUUUGGGAGAGUCUCGUAUAUGAGAGUGCAGUGAAAACCCAGCUCUUGGACUACGUCUCAACAACAAUUUACUUCUCAGACAAAAACGUAGACAGCAACCUGAUUUCAUGGAAUCGUGUUGUGCUGCUUCAUGGACCUCCAGGCACGGGGAAGACGUCACUCUGCAAAGCCCUCGCCCAGAAGCUGUCAAUCAGGCUAUCAAGCCGGUAUGCUUAUGGGCAAUUUGUAGAGAUAAACAGCCACAGCCUGUUCUCCAAGUGGUUCUCAGAGAGCGGCAAGCUGGUCACAAAGAUGUUUCAGAAGAUCCAGCAACUGAUAGAUGACAAAGAUGCUCUUGUAUUUGUUCUGAUCGAUGAGGUAGAGAGUCUGACAGCUGCGAGAAAUGCCUGCCAGGCGGGGACAGAGCCCUCUGAUGCCAUCCGGGUGGUCAACUCCGUCCUCACACAGCUGGACCAGAUCAAACGACACUCCAAUGUUGUGAUCCUGACCACCUCCAAUGUGACGGAGAAGAUUGACUUGGCAUUUGUGGACCGAGCUGACAUCAAACAGUACAUCGGUCCUCCGUCUGAGAAGGGCAUCUACAACAUUUACCUGUCCUGCCUGGAGGAGCUGAUGAAGUGCCAGAUCAUCCACCCUCGGCAGCAGCUGUUUACCAUCCCCGAGCUGGAGACAAUGGGCUUUGCAAAAAGUGAGAUGUGCGAACACAGUCUGACCCUCAGGAACAUUGCGAUAAAAAGCAAAGGUUUGAGUGGAAGAGCACUCAGGAAGUUGCCCUUUCUGUCCCACGCACUGUUUGUAAAGACACCAACAGUGACUCUUGGGAGGUUUCUGGAGGCAAUGGAACGAGCGGUGGACAAACAGAGGGAGGAGAAAGCGAACCUGGUGAAUGGUUUCUGAAAUUAGCACAGUGCCGGGUUGCUGUCAGUCCCAUGUCAUCCUGGUUUGAAAAAAUAUAACCAGUACAUCUUUUUAUGAAGCUUGUAGCUGCAUUUGGCUUCACUGUGUUCGUAAUGUUGGCUCAGUGUGUGAAAAUAACAUUAUUAUAACAAAUACUGUCUUUAAGGUGAGAGCCUCCUUUCAGGUGAUGUGUUAUAUUUUUAUGUUUUUGUUUGUUUGGUGGUGCUACUACUUUAAAAGACCAUGUCCAUAUCAUUUUCUUGCGGUUCUUUGGACACAGUUUGGUUUUAUCACGUGGACACCAAUGCUUGAAUUCUGCUAUUAACUCAAAUGUUUACUUUAUUCUUACUAUUAAAAGUGUUUGAAUGUUAUAUAUAUAUAUAUGUAUAAAUACACAGCUUUAAAAUUCCUAGGCUCAUUUAGGUCCCAGCCUAAUUUUCAUUUUGCUUAACUUUGCUGUUCAGUUUGUCUUUCAUGUGUUUACAAAAGGAUGUGCCUAACAGACCAAGGAAAUGUUCAAAGAAAAUGUUUAUCUUUUGUGCUUAUCAUCUUCAGCGGGCAUUUUUAUGCGAACAACAAAUACUCCUUACACUCAGUCUCUCAUGUUAUGUCUUUUUUGUACAUAACAUUGUAAUAAACUAAAUUGUUUAAUUUUUAGA